AUGGUUCGGGAUCCAGCCGAGGUGGGCCCUCCUAGAAAACUGCUUCCCACCGACCGCUUAGCUUCCGAUCGGCCGCGGCAGCGAGACGCGAGCCUCCAGGAGCAGCGCGGAGUAGCGCGCGGCCCACGGAGCCCCAGCGCGCUCACAGCGGUACAGCGGCGCGGUACGGCAAGGCAAAGCCCGGAGAUCCCGAGGUGGGCGGGCACCGCGCGACAGGGGACCGAGCACUUCCGUGCCCUUUCCGGAAUCCCACCCAACUCCAGAAACCCAAAGAUCCUGAAAAUUCCGAAAGCGAAACUGGAAGCAGGUCUCCAGAAGUUUGGGGACCGUAUGCCGGGCUCCCCGCCUCAGGACUACUGGACACUACAAAUGCCAUCUAGGACGCGCACCAGCGCAUCGACGUCAGGAGGGCGAGGGGAGGGGUUCGCGGCUGAAACUGCAGUCGGCCAGCACAGAGCCAUUUUAGGCUGGCCCGCACCUCCGCGCAGCCCACGGAAGAGCCGGCCCGGAGGACGCGCCGAGCGCGGCGGGAAGGGCAGGGUGCGCCACGCGCCCUGCACCCCGGGCGAAACGCGCGUCCGUCCGCGCCUAGCCGAGCGCUCUGCCUCGCCGCUCCGGCGGGAGGGAAAGCCUGUCGCCGCGUCUCCAAUCGAGGUGUCACUCUGGCCUCCACCCACCCGACGCGGAGAGCGGACCCGCCCCUCCGACACUCCCGCCGCUACGCGAUCAGGUGCGCGGGCCCGGGAAAAGUCACCGGGACCUGCCCUAGUGGGCCAGGGGGCCGCUCACGACCGCCGCGUGGCCCCCGACCCCCUUAGGGUCUUUCCCGCUGGCACCGCCGAGCGUUCUCAGCUGGGCGGCCGCGUGCUGGACACGGGCGACCCCUGUCGGGGACCCCGGCUCCCAGCGAAGGCACGUUCCCGCAUUCCGGAGGGCUCUCCUCCGGCCCCAGGCCCGGAUGCCGGCCUUUCCCCGGACGCUUCGUCGCCCACGACUCUCCAAGGCUACAGCCCUGCCUGCGCGCCCGCCAAGGCCGGAGGAAGACACCUCACACACAGCCCUCGGCUCUCCACCCGAGCAAGGGGCAGCCCCUCCACCCCCGCGCCUUCCCCAAGCCCCUACCCCGCCAAAGCCGAAAGCAACAAAAGCAGCUCCCCUCCUAGACCCUACACAUCUCCGGGCCGAGCUCCGCGCGCCCCUCCCCUUCUGCCCCCGGCUUUCAUCCUCCCAGCGCUCUGGCGUGGACCCCAACCUUCCACCCCAGCGUGGCGCAAAGGGAAGCAAAAGCACACUAAAUCCAGCACACGCAAAAUCCCACUGACGUCUGCAGCCCGACUGCACCCAAAACCUUGGACUACUAGUCCCUCUAACAGGCACCUCCUCGCUCCACUUACUCGAGGCUGUACUUGCGCAGCAUCCGGCGCACAGAGAGAGCGAGCUCGCCCAGAAAGCCGAAAUACAUCUUUCCCUCGGCCCGCAGGUAUCUCUGCACCGCGUGUCAGCAGUUCGUCACGUCCAAUCGUGGCAAGGUGUGGGUUCCGAGGCGCACUCAGAUUCGGGGCGGGUCUCCUUCAGCGCGCCCCCUCCCCGCAAGGGCACACGCGAGCAGGCACCGUGCGGGGACGCACAGGCACGCGGGGCAGGCGCGCGUCCACGUCCCGGUCCCGGCGGGGGCCCGUGCGCCCCCCGCCCUCCAGCAAUGGACUUGACACACAGACGCCAACCACGGAAAAAAUUAGGGCUGCAAUUUUUAAAAGCCACCCAGCCCGCCAUAUUGAAACUGGCACGGUGUCUGACGACUCCUUCCCCGCCGCUGUAGCGCCUCGAAGAAAACGCAAGUACGGAUGGGGCUCUGGACGCGCGUCCGGCCACGAGAAGCAACCGCUUCCCACUCCCCGGGCUCGCCCUUCCCGGGCCGAUCCCCUCCAGCCGUCCCGGGUCAAAAUCACCCUUCUCUGGGGCUCCGCUCCUCCCUGCUCCCCCUCCCCCACCCCCACCCCGGGGUGGACCCGGCUUCCUUUUUUUUUUUCUAAACUGGAAAAAAAGGACGCGGACCCGCGCGCUCAACCUGCGGGCCGGAGGUUUGCCCACGGCCCGGGGACAGCAGCCGGCGCGGCGUCCUACCUGAUGAAGUUCGUCCCGCCUCGCGUGGAGCCCGGCCCCGGGCGUCUCCGAGAGGGCACCGGCCUCGCUCGCCCGCCCGCCCGCGCCGCCCUCGCUCGCUCGCUCCUCGCCCGCCGCCUCCCUCGCGCGCCCGCUCCAGCCCUCCAGCUCCCACUACAGCCUCAUUCCAAUAUGGCAUCCUCUCUGACCCGAGGGGUCCGGAAGAGGUUUCGUGCCCCGAAGGGCAGGAAAUUAAGCUGGGGCUGCUGCGAAGAUCGUCAGCUUCUGGUAACAAGGCGCGCCGCGCGUGCCGUGGGGCACCUGGCCAGGACGGGUUCUGGCCGGGCAGGAAAAGAACUCCUGGCCCAGCAGGAGGUAAAAGUGGCCCUCGCGAUCACCGAGUGCGCGGAGGCGGCGCACCGCCGAGGGCGGCGCAGCCCCGAGCAGGGCCCGCAGUCCGCGAGGCCCGCGUGUGCUUUGUCCAGGCGUGGGGGGCGGAGGACAGAAUCCCGGAGCCUCAGGCGCAGCGCCUGGGCAGCGCCAGAACAAAACCUCGUGCAGAAAAGCCGCGACGCCGGGACAGCUUACGGAGAAGGCUUGGCCUUUACUAAGGCCCAGCUGGUGUGGAUGGGUGUAUCUUGGAGAUCGCUUUGCGAGGGCGUGAAGCUCCUUCCCCCAGGCCCGUCCUUCCUCCACGAGACACAGGAACUACCUGAGACCCGGAAAAGCCAAGCCCCAGAGGCCACUCGCUGUGCUUCCCGGUUUGAACUCCAGCCCGAGUCUGCGACCCCUUGCAGCCCCCCGGUCCAGCUCUUAGGGUCACCAAACCACAGUCCCGAGCUCUGUCCCCGAACCAGCUGCAUCCGGCCCCAGCACAGCAACCCUCCCACCUGCACCCUGGAGCCGCCUCCUUCAGACCCCCAGGCGAUUCCAGGUCAGCCUGGGGGACAGACUUUGCUGGCGGGAAUCCAGAGCGCGGACCCCAGGCACUGCUGGCUCUAGCCCCAGGUCUCUAGCACCCGUCACCUAUUCUUGCCCCGGCUACACAGUGGGCCGGCAAGACAAGACGGGAGCGCAGGAGACAGUCCCAUGCUUGGAGGAGUUAACAGCUUGGGAGACCCAGCCGGCACUCCCGCCGCGGAGACCGAGGUCACCGCCUUAGGCACCGCGGAAGCCAGAGCGCGGCGCAGGAAUGGCCCCGAGUGUGGACCCCUCCUCCAACUCCCGAGAGCCCAGGCUGCGCCACUCGGGCCGGCGUCCCCGCGCGCCCCAGGCCGCUCUCAGUCCGGCUCCCUGCGCCCCUCGGGACUUCCGGGCGCCCCUGUGCCGAGUGAGGUCGCGCUUUCCGUCUCCUCCAGCAGUGCGACGUGAGCUGCAACCAGCCAUUUUGCGGUUUCCAACCUGGUUUAUAGUUUUAAGUCAUUAUUAUGCACCGAGAUUAUUUCAUCAAAAUAAACACAAAUGCAAAAAAAAAAAA